AUGUUCUUCUCCAGCUACUUGAUCGGAGAGAAUGGAAUUAGGAAGUCCAAAAGUGACUUUGCAGACUCUCGCCUUGACGGAAGCCGUCAGGGCGAGCGAUUGGGCUUAUAUGUCUGCCUUGCACUCUUCGUGCAUGUGCAGUGUAGCAAUUUCGAAGUCUACCCAAUUACCUCCGCAUAUUGGUUUAAUUAUGAACGAUGCAUCGAUUUUGAAGCUCGCAGAAGAGUUCCGGCGGGCGUCACGAGGCAAUCUGGCUUGUUGUAA